AUGGGUGGCCAAGCUCUUGAGGAUGAUGCUGUCAAUAUUUCAUGGCAGAGAGGCGUCUUCGAUGCACAUUGUCACCCUACAGAUACGAUGACUUCGAUCGACGAUCUUCCCGGUAUGAAGGCCAAGGUAUUGACAAUCAUGGCCACAAGGCGCGAAGAUCAGACCUUAGUCGACCAAGUAGCAGCACGAUUUCCACUAAGCGACACAGAUGAGUACAAGCGUUCCGCAUCGAAAUUUGUUGUCCCGGCAUUUGGAUGGCAUCCCUGGUUCUCCUACCAAAUGUUUGAUGACCGGUCGACAUAUGAAAUCCCAGAUGCGAUGACACACUACAAGACUGUUCUCACCCCAAAGGUCGAGGAUGUAGCAUUUUUGAAAACGCUGCCAGAACCGUUGUCUUUGGCGCAAUUUCUAACAGAUACAGAAGCCAGGCUAAGAAAACAUCCGUUUGCCUUGAUGGGAGAAGUAGGUCUUGAUAAAUCCUUCAGGCUGCCGAAAGAAUGGCUGCCCGACGAGACUCAAUCCCGCGACCCUUCCCUGACGCCGGGAUCUCGGGAAGGGCGGAGACUGUCACCUUACAGAGUUCAGCUCGCUCAUCAGAAGGUCAUACUGGAAGCACAACUACGGCUUGCAGGCAAAUUAGGACGACCAGCUUCCAUACACAGCGUUCAAGCCCACGGAGCCGUCCACGAAGUUCUUCAAAGCCUUUGGGCAGGACACGAGAAGAUUUCGAGCCGUCAGAAGAAACGAAGAUCAAGCGCAGCCGGUGCGCAUGCGGCAGACGAUGAAGAGAAAAUCAACCAAGGACCUUCAAGCCCACUACCAUUCCCACCCCGCAUCUGCAUGCAUUCAUAUUCUGGCCCUGCAGACUUCUUGCGAGAAUUUCUAAAUCACAAAGUACCAAUCGAUGUGUAUUUCUCCUUUUCAGAUGUCAUCAACUUCUCCGGUCCUUCCUCCGAGAAAGUCAUCGAUGUGGUCAAAGCAAUUCCUGACUCGAAGAUCCUCAUUGAAAGUGACUUACAUCGCGCCGGUGCUGAGAUGGACGGCCGCCUUGGCUCUGUGUUCCAGCGAGUUUGUGAUAUCAAAAAGUGGUCCUAUGAAAGAGGUGCCGAGAUUUUGGGUCGGAAUUGGCGAUGUUUCGUAUUCGGAUCUUGA